GCUCCCCAAAAGCUCCAGACACUAGAACUCGGUUCCUCGGCAGCGGUUCGACGAACCGGCUCCGGUUCUGGUUCCGGAGCCGGUGGAUUCUGUUCCUUUUCCUCGGUAAUCUCCUCGAUAGGGGUAGUGAUUUUGCCUUUCUUCUUUUUCUCCUUCUCUUUCUUAGAAGGAGUUGAGCUCCACGGGUCAUCGUCGAGGGCGGAAGGCGACUCUGAUUCCUUUAGAGCGAGCUCGUCCAAGAUGCUUUUCUUGUUUUUCUUGUUUUUAGUAGUGGAAGUGUCCCAAGUGGCCGCCCAGUCGUCCAAGGCAGGUUCCGCCUUAGUUUUCGGCUCGGGUAACGGUUCUGGUUCUAGUUCUGGUUCAGGCGGCGUCUCUUCGACAGCACUCUUCUUCUUCUUUUUCUUGUCUUUCUUCGAGGAAGCGCCUAGUGCUGUAGAGAACUCGUCUUCUGUAGGUUUCUCUUUGAUAGGCUCCUGUUCUGGUUCUGGUGUAGGCUCUCGUACUGGUUCCGGUUCUGGAUCAGGCACAACAGCACCCUUCUUCUUUUUCUUCUUCUUUUCCUUGGGCGUAAGCGUGAAAGAAGGGAAAUCUUCGGCCUCAUUUUUGGCAGGCUCAGGUUCAGGAUCGGGUGCAGGUUCAGCCUCGGCAUUUUUGGGCGGGUCUUCCUCAACGAUGCCGUUCUUCUUUUUCUUGUCCUUUUUGGAGGUGGAAUCACCCCAACUAGCCCAAUCAUCUUCCUUCUUCUCGGGCUCUGAUAGAGGGUCGGGAACAGCUUCCGGUUCGGGAUCCGGCGCUUCGACUUUACUUUUCUUACCUUUCUUCUUGGUGGAAGUUAUACCCCAAGCACCGCCCAAAUCAUCGUCCUUCUUUUCUGGCUCGGCUGGAGGGUCAGGUGCUGGAUCAGGUAUUGGGUCUGAGACGAUUUUACUCUUCUUGCUUUUCUUCUUGGUGGCGGUAGGCACAGCCCAGUCGUCUUCUGACUUCUUCUCAGGUUCAGGCUCAACCACUGGUUCAGGCUCCGGGUCCGGUUCGGGAUCAGCCACAGGCUCGGGAUCAGCACUGGCGGUCUUGCCCUUCUUCUUAUCCUUCUUUGCAGUUGCGGUACCCAGGGUACCCCAAAUGUCAAUUACUUCCUUCUUGUUCUCGGUCUCAAGCGGAGCCGAUUCUUCCACCUUUUUCUCUGCAACCUUACCUUUCUUUUUAUCCUUCGUUGAGAUACCCCAGCCCCAGGCGUCAUCAGCAGCAGAUUCAGGUGCAGGUUCUGGCUCAGGUGCGGAAAGCCCGGGCUCUUUAACUUCUAGACCACCCUUCUUCUUCGCCUUUGUGCUCUUCUUGGUCGAAUCCCAAUCGUUAGCCCAAGGGUCUUCGUUCCCGGGCUCAGGUUCAGGUUCAGGUUCCGGCGUACUGCCGCCAAAAUUGAUAUCUAGUGACGGUCCAUGGUCAUCUAGCUUGAUCUCGUGGAAUGUUUCAGGAGGCCUAGAAGCAAGCUUUGGCGUUGCUUGGGACGCCGACGCGAAUCAUCCGGCGCUGGAGGCGAGCAGUCUGUUGAGUGAAAAGGAUUUCGCUGGCAAGCGGCAUCGCCACUUCUAGUUGGAUCGACCGGGGUUUCGGGAGGUAGAGAAUCUUCAUCGCGAGAUGCCAACAGUCGUCGCGAUCGUUUCGGAGUGGGAUCGGGUAAUACUAAUGGCUUGGAGAGGUGACAAGACUUGGAGUUUUGUUCCUGUGCCGAGCGUACCCGUCAGCUUAUAGUUUCGACCGGUGCCGUAAUUGGCUGAGGAUUAAGCGCUCUCAAAGUUUACGCCAACGACAGGU